AUGGACGCCUCGGCCGUCACUACAAGUGUGGGAUUGCCCACAGCCACCACACCACUGCGACGGAAAGAUGGCACGGCCACUUCCAAGGAGUCAGGACCUGGUUCAACCCCGGGCGAAAAAGGAGAGAAGCAGCCGCUGGUCAUAAGGAAAUACCGUCAUGUUGCGGCUGUCCAUUCACAGGCGCGCCCCUCGACUCUAAGCCACGAGACGCAAGCUUCACCCAGCUUCGUCGGCUUCAGGAACCUGAUGGUGAUUGUAUUAUUUGUGGGAAACUUACGACUGGUGAUUGAGAACAUGCAGAAGUACGGCAAUCUGAUAUGCCUGACCUGUCAUGACUUCCGGCAGAAGGAUGUCCUACUCGGCCUGCUACUGUAUAUACUCGUCCCGUGCCAUCUCUUCAUCGCAUUCUCGCUCGAGUUGUAUGCCGCGAAGCAAGCGAGGAUAUCGCGGGCCCAGUCUGUCACUAGAGGUGGCACGGGCAGUCCGACCGAAGACCAGCUGGCCAAGUUCCACUUGACCUGGCUGAGCAUCAGGAGAGCUCAUCUGUUCAACGCGACCUUGGCUCUGGCUGUCAACAGCUGGGCUGUCUACUUCCACAUUCACCACCCCUUAAUCGGCACCAUUACCGAAUUGCAUGUCCUCAUUGUGUACAUGAAGGUCAUCUCCUAUGCUCUUACAAAUAGAGACCUGCGGCAUGCCUACCUUCAUCCCGUCAAAGGUGAACUUGCCGCCUUGCCCGAGCUGUAUGCGAAAUGCCCCUACCCGGAGAACAUCACCAUGGGGAACCUAUCGUAUUUUUGGUGGGCGCCGACUCUCGUCUACCAGCCGGUGUACCCUCGAACGGACAAGAUCAGAUGGGUAUUUGUCUUCAAACGACUCGGCGAGGCAGCCUGCCUAAGCGCCUUCAUCUGGUUUUGCAGUGCCCAGUAUGCUGCCCCUGUCCUAUGGAAUUCCCUCGACAAGAUGCACUCCCUGGACCUAGUGUCGAUAAUCGAAAGGCUCCUUAAGCUGUCCACCAUUUCGCUCGUCAUCUGGCUCGCCGGCUUCUUUGCUCUCUUCCAGUCUGCACUCAAUGCCCUGGCCGAGGUCAUGCGGUUUGGCGAUCGUUCGUUCUACGAUGACUGGUGGAACUCGGCGGGGUUGGGAGACUACUGGCGACUGUGGAACAAGCCCGUCUAUCAGUUCAUGAAGAGGCACAUUUUCUCGCCACUGGUCGGUAGAGGAUAUUCGAUGCCGACUGCCAGUAUGAUAGUCUUCUUGGUGUCGGCCAUCCUGCACGAGCUGCUAGUCGGUGUCCCCACGAAGAACAUCCUGGGAGUAGCAUUCAUGGGCAUGUUGGUCCAGAUCCCCCUGAUCUUCCUAACGCGACCGCUCGAGAACAUGAAAGGCCCGAACGGCAGACUAAUCGGCAACUGCAUCUUCUGGGUCUCCUUCACGAUCAUGGGCCAGCCUUUCGCCGCGCUGUUGUAUUUCUACGCGUGGCAGGCCAAGUACGGCUCCGUCUCCAAGAGGAUGGCGAUGGAUAAUAUGAUGAGUACAGGGGGGCCUGUGGUAGGCUAG